GCCGCAGCCAGCAGCAGCUUGCGUGGUCGCGCGUUAUACAUGAAUAUGUCCGUAGCAGUAGUGUUGCACGUGUUACGUGCCGGUGGCAGAUUGAACACGACUGGCUCGAGCGCCUGCAAAUUUUUUUCUAAUCCAAUUGUUAAAUUAUCUCCACGUAAUCUAUUAAACAUUAACAGAAUGUCUGCAAGCUAUAGUACUGUUGAGCGAGGGGCGCCUAAUUCGACCGACUAUAGACUCUUUUUUAAAAAUGAAAACCAGUUUAUUUCACCAAUGCAUGAUAUUCCACUAUUUGCUGAUAAAGCAAACAAAAUAAUGAAUAUGGUGGUGGAAGUACCACGAUGGACCAAUGCAAAAAUGGAAAUUAAUUUAAAAGAAACUCUCAAUCCCAUAAAACAAGAUGUUAAAAAAGGAAAUCUUAGAUUUGUUGCUAAUUGUUUCCCACAUCAUGGUUAUAUCUGGAAUUAUGGAGCUCUUCCACAGACUUGGGAAAAUCCUGAUGUCUUGGAUGAGUCUACUGGUUUUAAAGGAGAUAAUGAUCCUAUUGAUGUUUUAGAGAUAGGAUAUAGGGUAGCAAAAAGAGGUGAAGUUAUUAAAGUAAAAGUGCUUGGUACAAUAGCUCUUAUUGAUGAAGGAGAAACUGAUUGGAAAAUAAUUGCCAUUGAUGUUAAUGAUCCUCUAGCUAAUCAAAUGAAUGAUGUCAGUGAUAUAGAUAAACAUUACCCUGGUUUAUUGAAAGCAUCAAUUGAGUGGUUUAAAAUUUAUAAAAUUCCUGAUGGAAAACCUGAAAAUCAGUUUGCUUUCAAUGGAGAAGCAAAACCUAGAGAAUUUGCCUUACAUGUUAUUGAAGAAGUUCAUAAACAUUGGCAAAAUUUAAUUAAAAAAGAAACCACUUCUAGCAAUAUUUCAUGCUCUAAUGUGACUGUUGCUGAUAGUCCUUUCCAAAUUACAUCAGAGGCAGCUAACGAAGUUAUUGACAAAGCUCCAGAGCCACAAGCUGCUUUACCUAUUGAUCCAAUUGUUGAUAAAUGGCAUUACGUUCAUCUACUAUGAAGAAUUUAGCUGUUAACAAAGAAUAGUUGUGUCAGUCAACACAGAACUCCUGUUUUGUAUAGUUUUGUGCAUCCUAGUAAAUUUUGAUUGAUAGAUUAAGAAGGUUUUCAAGGAUUUUCAUUCCAUUGCUGCAGUAUAUUAUUAUUGUAAAAAAAAAUACUGCUUGUAUACAAAACUGGAACUAUUAACAAAGUGAAUUAUCUUUCAUGCUUGGUAAAAAUAAUUAAUAAAAUUAUUUUAACACAGUUA